GACAAAACAUGUCAGAUGAUGGAAAAAAAAAUAAACAUCUCUCCACCAUUAUUAUUUAUGUAUGAAAAAUAAAAACAACAAAAUUUUUGUGAAUUAAUUCAUAAAAGUCAUACAAGUAUUUGUUCUAAAAAUUAAUAAACUUUUUUCUAUAAUAAUUUGAAAAACAAUAACAAUAAUAAGUGUUAUUAUUUAAUAUUAUUUAUGAAAUUAUGAAUGUUUAUGUUUAAAUUUUUUUUUGAAAUGUCAAUUUGACUUGUAAUAUUCAUCAUCAACAAACAUAUUUAAAAAUGUCGGAUGUUAGAUUGUUGAUUCAAGAGGAAGGUAGAACAGCAAGAAAUUUAGUUGCAUUUAAUGUUCCUUUGAGUGUAACAACAAGUGAAAGAGUCACUAGAAAACCACCAAGUGUACCAAGGCCAUCAUCAUCAGCUUCAUUAAAAAGAAGCAUGAAAAAUCCAACAAGAGUUAGAUCAGCAUCAACUGGACGUGAUAAAAAAUCUGAAUUACAAGCAAGACAUUGGGCAUUUUUAUUUGGUAAUUUACAAAGAGCAGUUGAUGGUAUUUAUCAAACAUGUGAAGAUGAUGAAAAUAUAUCAGAAUGUAAAGAGGCAAUAUUAGUUCUUGAAAAUUAUACACGUGAUUUUCAUAAUUUAAUUGAAUGGUUCAAAGUUAAAUGGGCAUAUGAAUCAUCAUCACCACCAUUACGUACAGCACCACUUGCAUGGGAAGUUAGAAAAACAUCACCAUGUAGAAAGUGGAAUUCAUCAACAACAAUAACAUCAAAAUGUUCUAGUCCACAUCAAAGAUUAAGUCCAAUUGAUUAUCAAAUUAAUAAUGCUAAUAAUAAUAAUAUACGUGAUCAAUUGGAUUAUAAAAAAAAAAUUAAAGAUAGUAAAAAUAAUAAUGUAUCUAAAAAAGAUACAAAUAAUAUAAAAGAUAAAAAUAAUUUACGUGAAAAACAAAUGCUAAAAAUUCCAAAUAAAACAACUAUUAAAUCAUCAUCAUCUUCAUCAAUUGUACGUGCAAAUUCAAUGAUUAAAAAUAAUCGUAAAUUUACAAAUAAUAAUAUUAAUUUAACUAAAAAUAUUAAUAAUGAAAUCAAGGAUAAUAAAGAUGAUGAAAAAAAUAAAAUUAUUGAUACAUCUUGUAGUAGUAAUAAAAAAUCUAUUAAUAAUAGUAAUGAUGAUGAAGAAAAAUUAUUAAAUAAGAUGAAUAAUUUAUUGAUUAUUGAUAAAGAUAGAAAUAUUAAUAAAAAUUCAUCAACACAACAACGUACAAAUCGUUAUUCAAGUGUAUCAAGAAUGAAUAAAUCAGUAGAAAUACCAAAAAUGUAUCGAAGUAAAACAACACUAAGUGUUAAAGAUAUAUCAAGUGUUAAUAAAGCAAGACCAGGAUCAUCAGUUAUGAUAAGAAAACGUAAUGAUUAUUGUAAUAAUAAUAACAAUGAUAAUCAAAAUAAAGAAAAUACUGGUUCAGUUGAGGUAUUAACAAAACAAUCAGUUAAAAAUAAAAAGCCAAUUGAAGAUUCUGAUGGUUGGCAAACAGUUAGAAGUCGUUGUAGACGUGGUAGUUCACAUAGUUUAAAUAUGUCAACACGUUUUUAUCGACCAACAACAGCAACAUCAUUACCAGCGUUAUCAAUUGAUAAUUCAAAUGAUAAAUAUAUUAAAAAAAAUAUAAUUAAACAAAUAAAUACAACAACAACAAUUGAAAAUACAAAAAUAAAUUAUAAUGAUGUAUUAAAAAAUAAUAUUAAUAAUAAUAAUAAUAAUAGUAAUAAUAAUAAUGUUAAUAUUGAUAUUGUUAAUAAUAGUAAUGAUGAUGAUGAUGAUGAUGAUAAUAGAAAAAAUAAAAUAAUUUGUGAAACAAAUUCAACAUCAAUGAUUGCAGCUGUAUUUAAAAGUGAAGCAAAUUUAUUAGAAAAAAAAAUACAACAAUUUAUGGCUGCACAAGCUGAAAGAGAACGUAUUAUACUUGAAGAAGAAAGAAAAACUGAAGAAGCUGAUUCACAAAGAUCACAACAGUUAUCUGAUGAAGAAGCAUUUUUAAAAAAACAAAUACAAGAAUUAGAACAAACUGUUAUUGACGUUGAUACUGAGACUGAUGAGACUGAUUGUGAAAUGGUAUUAGAAAUUGAAGAUGAUAAUAAUCAUGCAAAUAAUAAGAUGAAUGAUGAUGAUGGUGUUGGUAUUAAUGUUGGUGUUGGUAUUGAUGUAGGGGAUGUUGUUGGUGAUGGCAAUGGUAAUAAUGUUAUUGAUGAUAUUAGUCUUGAGGAUCGUUAUGAAAAUAUGUUAGUUGGUAUGUCAUUCAGUGAAAGAAUUGAUACAUUAGCACAAUUAAAAGCACUUGUUGCACGUCAUCCUGGUAGAGCACUUGAAUUACAUCAAAAAUUAUCAUCACCAUCACGUAAACGUUCAUUACCAGAAACAUUACGUCGUUAUCAAGCUAAACAAGCAUGUGCACAACAUAAAAGACAAAAAUUAUUAGAUGAAAAAUCUCAACGUUUACGUGAAUUAUUAAAUAAAGUUGAAGAUGUUAAACGUGCUAAAAAUCAAUUAACAGAAGAUAAAAGAUUACGUAUGGAAAUAAAAUUAAAAAGAGCUGAAGAAAAUAGAACACAACAUUUAUUAGAAAUUGUUAGAAAAGCACAUGAUGAAGAAUCAAAAUUAAAAGAAAUAGCAUUUAUAAAUGAACUUGAAGCACAAAAUAAAAGACAUGAUUUUAUGGCAUUAUGUCAAGAACAAGAAGAAAGAUUACAAAGUAUACAAGAAGAACGUCAACGACGUCAAGAAGAAAAAGCAGCAAAAGAAGCUGCUGCUGAAGAAAGAAGACGUGCUAUUGAAGCUGAUAGACAAUUAAAAAUUCAAAAAAUGCAACAAGCAAGACAAGAACGUGAAGAAAGAGUUGGUAAAAUGCAAUUAGAACGUGAAAAAGAACGUCAAGAAAUUGCUAGAGAAAAAGCAAGAGAUCGUGAAGAACGUUUAAGUGCAUUACAUGCAGCACAACUUGCUAAUCAAGAAGAAUUACAAAAAAAAAUUGCCCAAAAACAACAAGAAUCAGCAAGAAGACAUGUUGAAAAUAUUGAAAAUAUACGUCAACGUGCAUUUGAAUCAUCAAUAAUAAGACUUGAAGAAAUACCACCAACAUUAAAAUCAUACAAUGCACAUAAACAAUGUACAUUGUGUACAAUUCUCAUACCAAAUGAAGUUUGUUUAUUGAGUCAUUUAAAAGGUAAAACACAUAUUGAUGCUGUUAAAAAAAUUCAUGAUGGUAGAGAACCAUCAAGAGAUGAACUACAAAAAUUUAAUAUAUCACAUAUUAAAGAUACACAAAUUAUUAUUCAUGAUAACCAUGAUAAUAAAAUAAUCAAAGAAAAACAAAAAGCUAUUAAAAGAAGAUGUCGUAAAUUAAAACAAAGAAUGACAUCAAGAGGACAAGAGCUUGAAAAUUUACAAAAUAAUAAUGAACAUUUUGAUUCGGUAAAUAAAUCAAAACUACGUAGAAAUUUAAAAGAACUUGAUAGACUUUGUGAUUGUCAUGGUAAAACAACUUGGUCAAAUGUUGCUGUAUCUGGACUUGAAAGAUGUCUCGGUGAAAUUGGAAGAGUUUUUAAUAAAAUUGGAGCAAUUGAUCAAGAUGUUUUUAGAUCUUUAAAUGGUUUUAAAACUUUGACUAGCUUGUUAAAUCUCAGUGUUAAUAUACAAAACAAUUCUCAUUAUUUACCAAACAAAAGUAUCGUGUCAAUUUUUCGAGUUUACAAGGCAGCUGUUGUUGAUCAUCCAGCUAAUAUUGAAUCAAUCAUUCUCAGCAACAAAAUUCUUGUUAUUCUUGAUCUUCUUCUUCAAAGAUUUGAGGCUGUUACUGGACUAGAUGAACAAGGACAAAUUGCUGAAACAACUGGUAAUUUACACACCGGUAAUGGAUCAGGAAGUAUUAUUAUUUCAGUUCUUCAACUUCUUUGUUGUCUUAUUCCUCAUAUCACGACAACAAAAAAUUCAAUGCAGAAUAGAAUUCAUGACAUUAUUGGUUUUUUAAUCACUGGUGGUCUUGUUGAUCGUAUAACACGUCAUAAUCGUGUAUUAAUUGAGGCUGAUUAUUUUAUUGAUCAAGAACAUGAAUCACAAAUUUUGCUAUUAUCAUAUGAUUUAUUAUCACGUUUAUGCUGUUAUUUAAAAAAACAUGAUAAUAAUAAUUUAUCAGCUGUUAAUAAUGAUAAUGAACAAACAACAGUUGAGACACAUUUACUUGGUUGUUUACAAUUGACUGAAGCUGCUGGUGUUAUUGGAUAUUUGUACUCAACUUUUGCAUUGGCUAAUCAAAAGCUAUCAUCACCAGGACAAAAUAGCAAUAGCAAUUCCAAUAAUAAUCCAUCGUAUAUAAAAUUAUUGGCAAUUAAAAGUCUUAAAUUAUUGAAAAAUAUUGCACUAAUUGAUCUACAAGUAUUUCAGAAAUUAUUGGGUAAUGAAGGUACAAGUUUGCAAUGGCGACAUAUAUCAAGUCACAUGAUAACAAGAUUUUUGCGUGAACCAAUUGGUGACUUGAAUGAUUCAACUGGCUCAAGAAAUUCUGGUGUACCAAGUACUGUCACAAUAUUGCUAGAAUUAUUUAGCGUACUGGGUUAUUUUGCUGUUAACAACACAGAAAAUCAGUUGGUUUUACAAACUGCUGGAACUGGACCAAGUGUUCUUCAGCAUUUAUGUACACUUCCAUUUCCAUUUUAUAAUGAUCCAAAACUUGCUGUAUACACACUUCCAACACUUCUUGCAGCAACACAUAGAAAUUCCAAUGCAAUAUCAAUUUUAUCCUGUGAAAUGUCUUAUCAACUUUUGGAGGAAUAUAAAAACUCUGAAGAGGGCAAAGUCCAUCCGCUGAUUCAAAUGCUCAAAGAGACAUAAAAAAUAGCUCAGCUUUCAACAAGACGAUCAAGACAAAUUAUCCAAGUAUCACAACACAAUUUGUGUAUGUUAACAAAAAAAAAAAAAAAACAAUUUAACAAUUUAUUAUAUGAUCUUUUUAGAACGACUUGACCAAUGUGAUUAAUUUUUUUAUAACUUUUCUUUUUCUUUUUUGAUAUAUCUUUGAUAAAUUUUCAACUAAAAAUUACAAGAUUUAUUAUUAAUUUAUUAAUAUUUUAUUUUUUGUUAUUAUUUAUUUUUCUUUUUAUAAAAAAUAUGGUAAAUUUUAUUAUUUUCUUCAACAACAACGAGAAUAUUAUGAGUGCAAUUUAAUAUUUAGAGUAUUAUUCAUUAAUUAUCAAUGUAAUACGUAAAUUUAAGAUGAAAAAAAAUAAUAAUUAAUCAACGCUUAGGCUAAAAAUGAAAAUCAUAACUAUUUCAUUCUGCCGAAAUCGUUUGUUUGCUUUUAUUAACAUGAAAAUCUUAAAUAUUAUUAACAGCAAUUUCCUAAUAAUAUUAUUAAUUUGUUUAAUCAAUUGGUGUUCCCUGAAUGAUAAAUCUUAAAUCGAAAUAAAAAUUAUAAUAAAACGUCCAAUAAUAUUUUUUUACAAAAAUAAAUAAAUUAUAUAACACUUUUUGUACUUUAUCAAUUUAAAAAAAAAUUUCGAUUAGCCAAAAAACAACCACAUUUUUAUUAAUCAAUUUCCAAACAUUUUUUUUUCAGUAAAAUAUAAUUUUACAAUAAAUUUCGAAAUUUAAAUUAUAAAAUUUAGUGGACUUGCAAUAAAAUUUCUAACAUAAAUAUAAAAAAAAAAUUUCUCUAUAAUUCAAUAAAUAAUGUUUAAAAAAUUGUAUCGAAUUUUUGUUUUUUUUUUAAAUAAUAAAACGCAAGUCAGCGUGAUAAAUAAAUAAAAUAUGUAUCUUCCAACUGAACAAUCAUUGUUGUUUAUAAGCAAAAAAAAAAUUUAUUAUUAUUCUAUAUAUAUACAAAAAAUAUUUAAUAUAAAUUAAUGGCCUGUUCUACCUGUAAAAUAUUGUGAGGUGAUAAUUUAUAUAUUUUUUCCAAUCAAUAAUCAUUUUCGUAAAAGGGUAGGCGUCGGUUUCGAAACAUUGAGACUGAUGUGUAUAUGAUCAAGUUGGUGUUCUUGAGGGUGACGUUUUUUUCUUUUUCUAUUUACCAAUCAAAAUUGUCGAGGGAAAAAUAAAAAUAAAAAAAAAAAACAAUUCUGGUGUACUGUAAUAAGCGUAA